UCCGACUUCAACUACGAUCCCGCUCAAUCAAUGGCCUCUCUACCCCUACUCUCUCCUCUCUUCCCCCUCAACCAUCACACAACCAAGCGACCCAGGGUCAAAGCCUGUGCGGCGAGCAACGGGAGGCGGCCUUGGUGGACGCCGCUUUUUCACUCGGCUUUCACCGGGGAUCAUGGAGGAUCGGAGGAGCUGGAGACGACGGGAGAUUCUGUAGAAGAAGUGAAAGACGGAGGAUCGCCGGCGGCGAUCAGUUUCUCGGUGCUUACGCCGGAGAAGGCGAGGGUUCUGCGAAGGGAGUUGAGGGCGACGGAGACCUGGCAUGACGCCAUGUACCACUCCGCCAUCGCCUCACGCCUCGCAUCCCCGGAUCAAGCUUAGCGUCGCCGCGAUAUCUUUGUCUGCGCGGUGAUGGUUCUGUUAUUUUUCUAAUCGCUGUAAAGAAGCUUUUAUCUACUGUGCAGAGCAUCGUGUUCGUAAGGUAGGUUUGGAUUUUUCUUUCUUUCCCCCUUUUUUUUUGGGCCGGAGGAUGGAGAAAGUGGGAAUCUGUACUGCCUAUGUUAUGUAUGAAACCAUAUGUGCUUCUUCUCUGUGUGAACUGGUGCGAAUCGUUGUGUGCUUCUUCUCUUUGAAGUUGUGCAAAUCUGUUGCUCUAUGUAUUUUUAAUUAUAUAUAUUAGCUAUAUCCCAGAUCAAAA